GUUUUUUUAGUUUUAUGAAAAUCAUUACAUUCUUGCAAUAUAAUAAUGGUGACAAUUCUGAUUAAAGUGCUCUUAUUGCAUGAAAAAUGAAUCACAGUAAAAAAAUUUGUUUCUUUUCUACCCGUAAGUUUUCCAUUAACAUCACACUAGUACACACAUUAAAGAUUCAUUACCCAACUCCGAAAACAUGUGAAAUGAACUGACAAACAGCUCAUCUCAUCCCCAAUUCAAAAGAAAGUAGCUCAAAAGUUGCAAACGGGUGUUCAUUCACAACAGCCGCCUAUGGAAUCCGGAGCAAAAGCUGCUUUCCGAGGAGUGUAGUUGAAGUUGAGCUGUUGAACUACUUCUUCGGUGCUUGAAUCUAUAAUCGCUUUCAGGUUAGUUCAACCACAUCCAUCUGGGGUUUUUACUUUUUAGCUCCUUCAAUUUCGCCGGAUAUCUUCACGAGAAUUCGAGAAUUGAUUAUUUUAAGUCUCGAAGAAUCUCAUUUUGACGUAUGUCGUUCUAAAAUAUUAUUAAUCAAUGCAUUGGGAUCUGAUUUUUGAAAUUCAAACAAAGCAGGUUUCGUUUAAACAAUAAUGGUGUCGGUUGCUUAUCUUUUACUAUUGUGAUUUUUGCUCGAAAUGUUUUUAACACAUCAAGAAAACUGCUCUCUGGAAAGAACAAAUUUGCACAAAUUACGGAUAUGUAAAGGAAAAGAACAAUUCAUUUUUUCUGAGCUAGAAGUCAAGUUCUUUAACCAUUAAUGGAGUUUUUCGCAUCACUGUUUCUAUUUCUGGCAUCGAUUUCUGCAAUUUCGGCACACUAUGUUCAAGAGUCGGAACUUGUAAUUAAUGGAACUUUACCAAUAUCACAUACGGACGCAAAUUACAUUUGUGCUACUAUCGAUUGGUGGCCUGAUGACAAGUGUAACUACAAUCAUUGCCCAUGGGGGUCGUCAUCUGCUCUAAAUCUGGAUUUAUCUAAUUCGAUUCUUACAAAAGCAGUCCAAGCAUUUGAACAUCUAAGAAUCCGAGUAGGAGGUUCGUUACAAGAUCAAGUGGUGUAUGAUGUGGGAGGUGUCUCGGGUCCUUGUCAUCCCUUUAUAAAAUUGAAAUGGGGAUUAUUCGGAUUCUCUAAAGGCUGUCUUCGUAUGGAUAGAUGGGAUGAAUUGAAUCAAUUUUUUGUCAAGACAAGAUCACUUGUCACAUUUGGCUUAAAUGCACUUCGGGGAAGACACCAGAUUAGGAAGGGGGUUUGGGGAGGAAGUUGGAAUUCCAGCAAUGCCCAUGAUUUUAUAAAGUAUACUGUUUCCAAGGGUUAUCAAAUCCAUUCAUGGGAAUUUGGAAAUGAGUUGAGUGGUAAUGGUGUUGGUGCCAUGGUCCAUGCUGAACAGUAUGGGAACGAUUUAAUUGAACUCAGGGGUAUAAUUGACAAUCUAUACAGACGAAUCCAGCCAAAACCACUACUUGUAGCCCCUGGAGGGUUCUUUGAUAAAGAAUGGUUUGCUAAGCUUCUUAAGGAAACAGGUUCACAAAUUGUCAAUGUCAUGACACUCCAUAUGUAUAACCUUGGGCCAGGAAUUGAUCCGAAUCUAGUGAAAAAGAUUUUGGAUCCCCGUUUUUUGAGUAGGGCAUCUAUCACUUUCAGUGAUCUCCAUCAAAUCAUUAAAACCAAUGGCCCGUGGGCUUCUUCUUGGAUCGGGGAAUCUGGUGGAGCAUACAACAGUGGUGGUCUUCAUGUUUCAGACACCUUUGUAAAUAGCUUCUGGUACUUGGAUCAACUUGCAAUGGCAGCUAAGUUCCACACACAAGUAUAUUGUCGCCAAAGUUUAAUUGGUGGAAAUUAUGGUCUUCUUAGUAAAACAACAUUUGCUCCUAAUCCUGAUUAUUACAGUGCACUUCUAUGGCAUCGGCUUAUGGGGACAGGGGUUCUUUCUGUAGAAAGGAGAAGUGUUGGGCCACAUUUGCGCACUUAUGCCCAUUGUUCUAAAGGGAAAGCGGGCAUAACAUUGCUUUUGAUUAACCUAAGCAACCAAACAGAAUUCAGACUCGCUAUUCACAACAUCUUGAACACGGAUUUGCUUACACCAAAAGUCACAAAAGUGUCUUUCUUUCAUAAACUAAAGUCAACCUUUUCAUGGAUCGGGUCAAAGUCAACCUAUGCAAAACUUACACGAGAGGAAUACCGAUUGACGCCACAAGGAGGUGAUAUUAGAAGUAAAACAAUGCUUUUGAAUGGGAUUCCAUUAAUGGUCACAAAAACGGGAGAAAUUCCACAAAUGAAACCUGCUUUUGUGAAUGUGAAUUCUCCGGUUUCCAUUGCUCCUUUGAACAUCAAGUUCAUUCAGUUUCCCAAUUUCCAGGCGUCAGGUUGUAAAUGACGCAUUAUGGGUUGUACCUUGACACGCUUGGUGAUGUGAUUGUGAUGUUUGUAAUGUAUCCUCAUCCUGUAUAUGUAUAAUGAAAAAUAUUGUUCAAGUGUAGAAGAGCUUUGCAAUUGCGAAAGAGCAUUGUGAAGUUGAUAAGUUCCACUUUGAACCACUUUGUUUAAACUGUUGUGGUCCAAGUGUCCCCUUUGGGUUAAAAAAAUGACACUUGGCCACCCUCAGCUAUGAAAAUUUCAUAAUUAAUAGUACGUUACAAUAUACAACAUUAUGGUUAGCUUGGAGUGUGAUGAAAGUGUGUAGAU